GGCCCUCGGUGCUCGCUGGGGUGGGCGGGGUGCGAAUGACUCGGGCUCCGGAGGCCAGAAGCUCCAGCAGGCGCGGGGCGUGUCGAGCCCCACGCACAGGUGUGUGCUGCAGGCCAGGUGGGGCGACCACACCCGCGCCUGGAGCCCGACAGAGCAGCCCGUGCACGCGAGUGCACAGAGUGCACGCGACACUCCCGGGACGCCAGUUAAAGAACAGCAGGCUAGGAUCGGCAGCCACCGCCUUCUCGGCUCUCCUGGCUCCUGUCCUUCGUGUCCCGGCCCAGGUGCGAAGUUGUCCCGGGAAGACUCGUCCAACUCCUGUGGGCGGAUAGAGGAACUGGAUUGGAAGCAUGUGGCAGGUCCUUCGAGGCUGGAGGAAAGGAUGUCGGAGCCCUCGUGGAGCCUUGGCAUGGGCUGGGCGGGGCCAGCCACGCCUCCCUUGCAGCCGCACUGUUGCCAGUGUUGCCUCUGCGGGCAAGGAUGAGUACACUUUCGUGGUGGUAGGCGCAGGCUCUGCUGGCUGUGUGCUGGCUAGUCGGCUCACUGAGGACCCGAAUCAUCGGGUGCUGCUGCUGGAGGCAGGGCCCAAGGACUUGCUGAUGGGGAGCAAGCGGCUUCAGUGGAAGAUCCACAUGCCGGCUGCCCUCGUGGCCAACUUGUGCGAUGACAAAUACAACUGGUACUAUCACACUGAGCCUCAGCCCGGCAUGGACGGCCGCGUGCUGUACUGGCCACGAGGCCGGGUCUGGGGAGGCUCCUCAUCCCUCAAUGCCAUGGUCUACAUCCGAGGACACGCCGAGGACUAUAACCGCUGGCACCGCGAAGGUGCUGAAGGUUGGGACUAUGCGCACUGCCUGCCCUACUUCCGCAAGGCACAGAGACAUGAGCUGGGUGCCAAUAUGUAUCGCGGUGGGGACGGCCCUCUGCAUGUGUCUAGGGGCAAGACCAACCACCCGCUUCAUCAGGCCUUCCUGCAGGCAGCACGUCAAGCUGGCUACCCCUUCACUGAAGACAUGAAUGGCUUCCAACAGGAGGGCUUCGGCUGGAUGGACAUGACCGUCCACCAAGGGAAGCGCUGGAGCACAGCCUGCGCCUACUUGCACCCAGUGCUGAGCCGCCCCAACCUCAGGGCCGAGGUCCAGACGCUUGUAAGCAGAGUGCUGUUUGAGGGUACCCGUGCAGUGGGUGUGGAGUACAUCAAGAACGGCCAGAGGCACAAGGCUUACGUCAGCAGGGAGGUGAUCCUGAGUGGGGGCGCCAUCAACUCUCCACAGCUGCUCAUGCUCUCUGGUGUCGGCAAUGCAGAUGACCUCAGGAAACUGGAUAUCCCAGUGGUGUGCCACCUGCCUGGAGUGGGGCAGAACCUGCAGGACCACCUGGAGGUCUACGUUCAGCAAGCGUGCAUACAGCCCAUCACCCUCCACUCUGCCCAGAAGCCUCUGCGGAAGGUCUGCAUCGGCCUGGAGUGGCUCUGGAGCUACACAGGGGAUGGAGCCACAUCCCAUCUUGAGACCGGAGGGUUCAUCCGCAGCCGGCCUGGGGUGCCCCAUCCGGACAUCCAGUUCCACUUCCUGCCAUCUCAAGUGAUUGACCAUGGGCGGAAACCCACCCAGCAGGAAGCUUACCAGGUGCAUGUGGGAACCAUGAGGGCCACAAGUGUGGGCUGGCUGAAGCUGAGAAGUGCCAACCCUCGGGACCACCCUGUGAUCCAUCCCAACUACUUGUCAACAGAAACCGAUGUCGAGGACUUCCGUCAGUGUGUAAGGCUGUCCCGAGAGAUUUUUGACCAGGAAGCCUUUGCUCCCUUUCGGGGUAAAGAGCUGCAGCCCGGAAGCCAUGUCCAAUCAGACAAAGAGAUAGAUGCCUUUGUGCGGGCAAACGCAGACAGUGCGUACCACCCCUCCUGCACCUGUAAGAUGGGCCAGCCUUCUGACCCCACCGCUGUGGUCGACGCGCAGACCAAGGUCAUCGGCGUAGAAAACCUCAGGGUCGUUGAUGCCUCCAUCAUGCCCAGCGUGGUCAGCGGCAAUUUGAACGCUCCCACGAUAAUGAUUGCUGAGAAGGCAGCCGACAUUAUUAAAGGACAACCUGCACUCGGGGACCAGAAUGUUCCUGUCUACAAGCCCCAGACUCUGGACACCCAGCGUUAAGACAGACAGCCAUUGCCUGAGGACGACAGAGGAACUCAGGCCAAGCCAAGAGAUCCAGCCAGUACAGCCCUGCCCUAGAUUAUUUCUGAAACGGUAUAGAAACUUGGGACCCAGAUACCCCUGCUCUUGGCUCAGACUUUCAUGGUUUCUGAGGAAAUGAGGUCAUGGCAGCCAGUGAGGCAAGUCCCUUUGCCCAGUGUCUCUCUGAUGGCUCUCCAUGGUUUUCUUGUCUCCAGAGCUCUGCUUCUAGGAAGGCCUGGGAUGAUCCUUUCCCUGGGCUCCCACCUGAGGCCAUUCCUGCAAAGUCAGGGUGGUUGAACUGGACUGGGUUCUCCAAGGAAGCUUUAGCUGAAGCCAAGAGGCAGGCAGCCGCUCAGCCAGGCUGGUUACCUGAGCUCAGGUCCCUGAUUAGAGGGAAAGGCAGCGGCUGGAGGCCGCCUUAUCCCCCUCUGCACUUCUCUCCCGCCCUGAUUUAAAUCUGAAGAUCGAAGCGCAGGGACAAGGGCUCAGGUGACUGCACAACUCACGCCUACCUCUCUGGUUCUCAUGAAACCGUCCAGAUGAGAGGCUUGUAGGACGUUGUUCAAGAAAAGGCCAUUUUGGCCUUACUGCCAAAGAUUUUAUUGUUUAACCCUUACCACACAAAAGUGCAGGAAUAUAGAGCCAGUCCCACAUGCCAGUCACUACCUCAUGCCAAGGACAUGAGCCUACGGAGGACCUUUCACGGUGGCCCUGGAAGUGGCCCAGGCACCAGAGCUACUUCUGCAGACAGCGCUGGCCGUUUCUCAUUCCCUAGACGUGAGAACAGAGAGCAUGGAGCCAAGGCUGGUGGAGAACAGCAAAGGACUUUGGAGUGAAAGAUAAACCAGCCAGUGUUUGAGUCUUGGGCCAGGGGAGCAGAUACCAGCGGCAUGUACAAGAGCUCUUUGAUCUGGAAAUUGCUCAUAAUCUCGAUGUAACCGGUAACUUAAGUUUUGAGCCAAGAUGCCUCAUCCCGACUGCUCUUACGAGAGAACGAGGGUCAGAUGCGUUGUAGGUUAGUGUUCCUGAAGAUGCCCAAAGCCAUCGUCUGUAGUGGGGAAGAAAGGGGUCGUUGUAUAGAAAUCACAUUGCUGGGGGUGGGGAAUGGCAGGAUUCCAGGGUCCCCUAGGAUCGACUGGCAGGAGCUGCCUUCUGAACUUGUGAGUCUGAGAAGACCCCUUCCUUCAGAGGGUUCAAAAACAAAUUAUAAACCAUCUCUUUUACUUUGAAAACCAGGCUGCUCUUGUUUCAUCUCACCUGUUCCUUGCCUUUUGGUUUUGGUUUUUGGUUUUUCCUGGUCAAGGAAACCCUAGGUCUGCCAAGAGGUCCUUACAGGGCAGGUGUUAGACAGCUGUCAUCCGUAGCAUCUUUAGCAGCACAGGUGUCACCCCUGGGAGGGCCAUGCUCUUCUCUCAGGCUCAGCGGUGUUUGAGACUAAGUGAAGAUCGCCCCGGCGUGCUCCUCAGUCGCAGUCCGGCCUUUCUCUCACUUCGGCAUAGGGAGGCCGGCUUCACGUGCCGAUGUGAUUUAGGCAACGAGUUUCCGGAGACAAGAAGUAAAUGUUACAUGCCCAGGACUCACAGAUGGUAUCAGGAUAGAACAUGUGGCUUGGACGGAUCCUCACUGAAGCCCUGACAGCUGUUCCGGUUUCCAGCCCAAACUGAAUGGAUGAAUAGGCAGGAGAGUCCUGCCUGCCGUGCUGAAUCCACGUGCCGGGCUUGUCUGGAAGUCCCAGUGCCACGAGGGAGCCAGAGUGGUAGAAUGGUACAAUCCUGCUUCUGUUUUAAAGUGGGGUUCACACAGGCAGUUAGACUGAGUCUCCUGGGGGAACUGGACAGGCUAAGUAGGCUCCUUGCUUGGCAAAGAGCCUGUAAUACCCCAAACACGGAAGGCCACAUGUUGCCGAAACCAGUACCUCCACACCUAGCAAGCAUGUGGCCCAGGGUUGACCCCUAGCACCAAAAAGAACCGCGGGGAGCCCGGCUGUGUUGAUGGGACUUGGGCCCAUCUCACUGUUGGCCAAGUGUGUUCCUGACAGGGUCACAGACAGAUCAUGGAUGGAGACAGGGACAGCAUGACCAAACACAGAAGCAGAAGGUAGGGACAAUGUAACACAUGAGCCCUGCCUCCAAUACCAGCUGCAGGGUCAUUUCCAUAAAUUCAAAUAGAUUCUUCUCACCUCCCCGCACACUACAUCCCUCAGGCCCCACGAUUUUUCAUAUUUCCACUGAUAAACUACCACAAUAUCAAACAGAAUGCAAAGAUUUUAAUCUUCAAACUGGGGUGUGUGUGUGGGGGCAGGACAUGACCUACCCCCUAGGCCCAAGCUGGUGACCUGCAUAGCUCCUGCCGGCUGGGCUGCUGCAUAUUCACCCACACUCUUCACCCUGGUUCUGAGAGCAGAAGUCAGAGACUUGGCCUCGCCCUAGGGCUCCACUGCCCUCUGGGAAAAGCACAGCUGGAGUGGGUUUUGUGAAAGGUGUGCCCGUGAUUUGGUGGUGUUUGUACAAGUAAACCAACACUCCAUUCCCCCCCUAAAUAAAGGCAGAGAUGAUGAAGAUCAUAGAUAGUAAAAAGCACACAGCACAAAAUAAGAGUUGGUCUGGCUUAAGAGCUGGACCCCUGUGAAGUGGGCGGUGCACCCCAGCUAUGCUCUCUUCAAGUGGCUAGGGCUACACCCUCAAAGUGUACCCUUCUAGAGCUAUAGAGUGCAUGUCCACAUACCUCACGGACAUUCCGAAUGAGGUUCUUGCUGACAGUGAGCAGAUCAUAGUGACUUCCACACUUCGAAUGUCAUUAAAAACAGGAGCUUAAACUAAAAGCAGCAUUCCAAAGACCUCAAUAUCAGGGGGGUGGGGCAGAGUAGGAAAACCAAAAAGCAGAACUAUUUAGUCUUAAAACUUCCUUAAAGGGGAGGAAAAAAAAAACAUGCUCUACAACUUUAAAUUUUUCUUACAAAGAGAAAUUUAAUAUUAGAUGAGAGGUUGAACCAGGCUUAAAGCAGACAUACUGGGAAGUAAGACAACCUGAAACGCCAGGCAGCGUUGACGGCUGACUUUGGGAAAGAUCAUCCAUUCCAGAACACAUUCGAGUGUGAUCUGCUGAUG